UGUUUGUGCCAUAAUGGAAGCUGUGUUGCCGCCGCCAUUACCGUUUAGUUUUACAAAUAAUUUGGAAAAUGUUACAUCAGGGAACCUCUCCAAAGAAUGGGAGAAAUGGAGAAAAUCAUUCCAAGUUUAUUAUGAGGCGUGUGAAUUAUCUAAAAAAAGUGCUCAGGUGCAGAUGAGCAUAUUGCUGCAUGUGAUUGGUGAGCAGUGUCGCGAGGUACAUGCUCAAUUUGAAGGUACAUUUGCCAGUGUAAAGGAUUUAUUGGAUAAAUUCGAAUCUUUUUUCUCACCGAAAAAAAAUAUUACCAUCGAAAGGCACAGAUUCUUUACUCGGUGUCAAAAACAAAGUGAAUCAAUUGAGCAGUACGCGUUCGAGUUGAAAAAGCUAGCAAGUGCUUGUGAAUUUAAGGAGCUAAUAGAUGAUUUGAUAAGGGAUCGCCUCAUAUGUGGAAUACAGGAGAACGCGCUGAGGGAGCGUUUGUUGCGAGAGCCGGACUUAACUCUAAAAAAGUCCCUGGAAAUAUGUAAUAUUGCGCAAAUAUCGAAAGUGCAGGCGGGGUCAAUCAAGAAAGAGUCCAGUGAACAUGAAGCUUAUACUUAUAAUAUUACAGCAAGUAAUAGUCAAGACCAGUUUAUGCUAGAGGAAGGCGGUAUUCCGUACGGUCAGGUGAAUUGGAUAUCAAGACGUGGAGGGUACGGAGCGCGAGGCGCGCCGAGGGGCAGAGGUCGCGGCUGGUCGCAGCCGGCCCCGCGCCCCGCGCCGCCGCGCCGCCGUGCCGCUCCUGCGCAAACAGCUGUUUCAUCGCGAGAGAUGAGACAACAACGUCAACAAACGGGACCUUAUGGUGAAAUUAAAUCUGGAGUGCAGUGUCUAAAGUGCGGGUUUGCUCACGGUAUCUAUAUGAAGUGUCCGGCUUUAGGAAAAAUGUGUUUGAGUUGUAAUAACUAUGAUCAUUUCUCACGCAUGUGCACGGUGUAUAACGUACAAGCUGUGGAGUCCUCAGUGGAACCUAUCGAUCAGGUAAUCUAUUGUCUUAGUAAUUCGAGUAGUGAUUGGUCUAUAGAUUUAACCUUCGGAGCAGAUGUUACUAUUAAUUUUAAACUGGAUACCGGGGCCGAUGCGAAUAUUUUACCAAUAAGAUAUUUGAGCCAGGUUGGUUUAGCAGAACAAGAUUUAUCUAAGACGUGUAUAAAGUAUAAGAGUUACUCAGCUAACGAUAUCAUUGUACUAGGCACGUGUCAUUUGAAAGUGCAGUACAAAAAUAACUUUUAUAUACUGGAGUUCGUGAUAGCGGAUGUACCGUCCUAUGUAGUACCGGUGUUAGGCCGCGAAUCGUGCAGUGAACUUGAGGUAGUUAGAUUGAUAAAGGACAUUAGCGUCAUACAGGAUUAUGAGUAUAUCUUUCGCGAGUACAAUGACGUUUUUGAGGGGUUAGGAUGUAUGCCUGGCGAGUACAAGAUAGAAAUUGAUAGUAGUAUUAGACCCGUAGUCCACGCUCCGAGAAAGAUGCCGGUAGCUUUAAAAGAUAGUAUCAAGGAAAAAUUAGAUAAUAUGGUAGAUGAGGGCAUAAUUGCAAAAGUGGAAGGCCCUACCGACUGGGUUAACAAUACGUUAUCACGCGCUGUAGAACCGACGCGCGGUCCAGUUGAAGUACCGCGAGACCAGCUAGACUUGCAAGCACAAGUUUGUGCCAUCGCAGUGAGUAACCCGUUACUGGACACGCAUUUUGUAAAAAUACAAGUUGCUACGCAAAAUGAUGUGGAAAUACAAACAGUACUCAGUGAUAACGCGGUGACGUCAUCGAGCGGUGUGGCUGGCGCGCCGCGCGCCCUCGACACCGGGUUUGAAUCUCGUGACACGGUCGCGCACCCCGGUCCAUCCAGUAUACUGUCUGCUCCCACCAAUAAUAAUAGUAAUAACUAUGUUACUCGCUCCGGCAGGGAGGUGAUCGUUCCUGAUCGGUGGGGCAUGGUCGGAUACAAUCAGCUGAAAGUCAGAAGGGAGCUAGCACUCGUUACAUAUAUCUUUAAGCUGCUUAGAGGAAAGAUAUACAAUGCGGAUAUAUUGGGGUCGGUGGGUAUUUGUGUUCCGCGCGCUUGCGUGGCGCGCCGGCAGCCCGGGCUGCUGGCUGUGCCGCGCGCGCGCACCAACCUGCUGCGCGAGGCGCCGAUGACGCGCGCCGUGCGUACUCUGAACCUCAUAGCCACGCAUAUAGACCUAUUCUCAUGUACGAUGAGUGAAUUCACAAAAGACGCAUUAUUAACUCUUUGUUAUAAUAGUGAAUAG